UCAAGAAAUAUAUUUCACAUUCAUAGAAAUUAUCCUACCACGCUAUAUAGAACAGAUUCACGAUGUCCGGCGAAGUUGAGGAGAUGCUUAAACGCUUUGCGGGCGUUAAGAAUAUUGUGGGCAUCAUUGUUGUGGAUUAUGAUGGGAUAGCCAUUAAGUCAACGUUGGAGAACCAACAAUCUGUCCAUUAUGCGGCCCAUAUGCAGACGUUAACGGAGAAGGCACGUCAAGUGAUUUUUGAUCUGGAUGCCACAAACGAGUUUUUAUCUAUGCGAAUGCGUACCACAUUAUUUGAGAUCAUGCUCGUGCCGCAGGAAAACUUCUUCAUUAUAGUCAUACAAAAUGCCUGCGAUUAACCAACUUUAAUUAAUUGUUUUAAUUUUCCAAAUUAUUAAAUUUAAAAGAAAUCCAAAGUGAAGCUUGCAGUCUCGAUAAUUUAUUAUAUUGCUGACAAGCAAAAUCGCUUAAAUAAAAGCAUUUUUUGGUGAGCUUUAUCUCAAAC